AUGGCAUUACAGCCGUUGCAGCUACAUGGUAUUGAUGGAAAAGGAGGCUUUCAACUUCCGCACCAGCUAUGUCGAAUCCACGGUGUUUAUGAUGCAUACAAUGGGACAGUUCCACUCGUGCUGAACUGGCGGGCAGGACCGCUGAGUUGCGACGAAGCUCAGAAGAACAUGAGCUCCUAUGCAUGCGUCAGCGACCACAGCGCGUGUGUAAACACCACCGGCGACAAGCCAGGUUACCGCUGCAGGUGCUCCGAUGGAUACGAAGGCAACCCUUAUAUCCAGAACGGAUGCCAAGAUAUUGACGAGUGCCUUCAAAAUGCUACUAUCUGCGGCUCUGAAAUGUGUGAGAACACGGCAGGGCAUUACACCUGCUCAUGUCGACGUGGAAAAAAUUGGACUAAUGGCAAUUGUCAAUCCCGUUUUCCAGUGAUGCCUGUUGUAGGUACAACUGUUGGACUAGUCGCCUUAGUGACUGCUUUAGCAUCUGCAUGCAUGAUCCAAGAGAGAAGAAAGCUACAGAAGAUGAAACGAGACUACUUUCGGCAGCACGGUGGUCUGAUAUUAUUUGAUGAGAUGAGGUCAAAGCAAGGUAUUUCAUUCAAAAUUUUCACGAAAGAAGAACUACAGGAAGCCACGAACAGGUUUAGUGAGCAACAAGUACUGGGUCAAGGGGGCUAUGGGACUGUGUACAAGGGGAUUCUUGAGGGCAACGUGGAAGUAGCGGUGAAGAGAUGCAAUACCGCCGACGAGCAACAAAAGAAAGAAUUUGGUAAAGAGAUGCUAAUCUUAUCUGAAGUCAACCAUAGAAACAUUGUGAAGCUCCUUGGGUGUUGCCUCGAAGUGGAAGUCCCCGUGCUAGUAUAUGAGUUCGUCCCAAAUGGCACCCUCUUCCAGCUCAUACACGGUAACCAUGGCCUACGUAUCUCCUUGGCUACUCGCUUGGGGAUCGCCCACGAGUCGGCCGAUGCGCUCUCCUAUCUUCACUCAUCGGCUUCGACACCGAUCCUCCAUGGUGAUGUCAAGUCCUCCAAUAUUCUUCUUGAUAGGGACAACAAAGCCAAAGUAGCUGACUUUGGUGCCUCCAUCCUGGCACCAAUUGAUAAGUCACAAUUCAUCACACUUGUACAUGGUACUUGCGGGUACCUCGAUCCGGAGUACAUGCAAACCAACCUGCUGACAGACAAGAGUGAUGUAUACAGCUUUGGGGUUGUUCUUUUGGAGCUACUCACGGGCAAGUUACCUUUUAAUUUCAAUCCGGAUGUCCUUGUCCAUGAAAAGAGCCUAGCGAUGAUGUUUAUGUAUGCCAUGAAGGAGAAUAAGCUCGAGCAAAUCUUGGAUGUUGAGCUCAAGGACGGGAAUAACACAGAGAUUCUUGAAGAGAUUGCGGAGCUAGCGAUGCGUUGCUUAGAGAUGUGUGGUGACAAUAGGCCAUCGAUGAAGGAAGUUGCUGAAAAGCUUGAUAGUCUGAGGAAGGUGAUGCAACAUCCAUGGGUGCAGCGGGACCCUCAAGAGAUGGAAUGCCUACUUGCGGAGCCCUCAUCGGUGGUCAGCUCGACAAUAACCAGUGCUGAAUAUUUCAGCAUCGAGAAGGAAGUUGUUAAUAGUCUGCAGUCAGGUCGUUAA